AAGGGGAAUUUAUUAUCACGCUCUCUGUUUGGCAGUGCAAGUCAUAGAGGCCUUGCUACUAUGGCAACUGGAGUUGUUUGGCUAUUUCGUAUGGGGACAGAUGUUCAAGCUUUCUCCUGCACAGAGGCUGCAACCACACUGCUGAAUUAAUGCAGCUGGACGCCACUUUAACUGCUAUGGCUCCGUGAUAUGGUCUCCUGGGAAUUGCGGUUUGGGGAGGCCCCAGUUCUCCCUGGAAAUGAAGGGCAAAGGGCUUGUAAAACCAUAACUCCCAGGGUUAUCUGGCAUUGAGCCAUGGUAGUGAAAGUGGGGUCAAGCGGCAUUCAUCCAGCACUGUAUUUUAUUUAUUGUGUCAGAAGCGGAUUGAGGGUACAGUUGUAAUGUAUUUAACAACACAAACAAAGUUAAAACUUGGUGUGAUACUAAAUGUCCUUUGACCAGAAGCUGGCCACUUGGGGUGCCUCUGGGGUUGCUAUAAGAAGGUCCUCCAGUGUGCAUGUGGCAGAGCUCAGGCUGCAUUGUAAUAGGUGGCUUGUGGUUUGCUCUUCUCCACACUCGCAUGUCAAGGUUGACUCUGCAUCUCAUGGUGCCAGAGCGCAGUCUGUUCAGCGACUUGGAAGUUGCCCAGUCUUCUGUGUGCCCAGGGGGAAGUCUCUCAUCUGUUAUCAGCCACUGAUUGAGGUUCCGGGUUUUAGCCUGCCACUUUUGAACUCUCACUUGCUGAGGUGUUCCUGCGAACAUCUAUGUAGAUCUUAGAAAGCUGUUUCUUGAUUUAAGGCAUUGGUGUGAUGGCUGAUAUAGGAAAAGAGGAUGUUCCGGAGAUGUCACUGCCUUGGUUUUUUCAUUACAAGCUGCUACUUACAGGUGGAUGUCAGGUAGUGCAAUACCAGCUAAACAGUAUAAUUUCUCCAGUGAUGUGGGUCGUAGUCAUCCUGUGAUAAUGUGGCAUGUCUCAUUAAGAGCCACAUCCACUGUUUUAGCAUGAUGAGAUGUGUUCCACACUGGGCAUGCGUAUUCAGCAGCAAAGUAGCAAAGUGCAAGGGCAGAUGUCUUCACUGUGUCUGGUUGUGAUCCCCAGGUUGUGCCAGUCAGCUUUCAUAUGAUAUUAUUUCUAGUGCCUACUUUUUGCUUGAUAUUCAAGCAGUGCUUGUUGAAAGUCAGAGCACAGUUCAGGGUAACUACCAAGUAUUUUGGUGUGCUGCAGUGCUCCAGUGGGAUUCCUUCCCAGGUAGUCCUCACAGCUCAAGAUGCUUGUCUGUUCUUAAGGUGAAAAGCAUAUGUCUGUGUUUUUGAUGGAUUAGGAAUCAGCUGAUUUUCCCUGUAAUAGGCAGUAAGAGCACCUAAAGCUUCAGAAAGCUUCUGUACAACCAGCAAUAUAGAUGGCCCCAUACUCCAAUAAUAAUAAUAUAAUUAUAAUAAUAAUACUUUAUUUAUAUACCGCUCUAUCUCCCUGAAAGGACUCAGGGCAUUUUCCAACAUAAGUGUGAAACAACAUGCAAUAACUGAACACAACAAAAUAAAUCCAUCGUUAAAACAAGUCAAAGACAAAGACAAUUCAGUUAAAAUAAGCAAUCAAUCAAAAUAGCACUGCUCAAAUGGGAAGAGGCCAUAAGCACGUGCACAGUACCCAGUCUAGAGUCUAGUGUGGCAGGUCACUGCCCUCCAUUCAGAAUCAUAGAGUUGGAAGAGAUAGCUAUCCAGCCUCUGUUUAAAAGUCUCCAAGGAAGGAGGCUUCCACCCCACUUCAAAGCAGAGUCCCACUGUGGAACUGCUGUCACGGUCAGGAAGUUCUUCCUAAUAUUCAUGUGGAAUCUCCUUUCCUGUCACUUGAAGAGAGAGAACCCCACAUUCACUCUCUCGGUUAUGGGGUUGCAGUGGGGUUUUGGAGUUUGGUUCCCCCUCUGGAUGCCCACAUCUGUGGAUGCACAAGUCCUAUUAUAAACAAUGACAUAGCAAAGUGGCAUCCUUCAUAUAAAACGGCAAAAAUAAGAAGAGGGAGACUGAAUUUAAUAUAUACUGGGCUGGAAUUACCAAUACAAGUCUAAAGAUGAAAAAUGUCUGAAGAAAACACAAAACAAAGAAGGAUACAGUCUUUUCAACUGGAUGCUAUAGUAUGGCAGCAAAAUCGAGGAAAGGACUAAAAGGUUCCAUUGAUGAUGUUCUUGGUGAGCUUCUUGGAGAUGAUGAUGACACCCCCCUCAAAGCUGGUAAGCUUGCUUCAUUUGGUAGAGAACGUGCCAGAGGAAUCGCCUUGCAGACCAGUAAAAAGGGGCUUCUGGAUGAUGAUUUCUUCAGCAAAAUGGCUCUUGAAGAGGAGGCUAAUGCAGAGGAUGCUGAUAUCUCAGAUGUGGACCCUGAUGCUCUGCUGGAGACCCUGAAGGAUAUGGAUGACAUGGAAGCUGAUCUUCUGGGCAUAAAGAAAGCAAAUUCUGAACCUGUGCAAAAACCUGCAAAGAAUGUGACAAAUUCUCCGCCUUCAACUGAGCCAGCCAAAUCUGCUAAAAAAACAACAAUCAUUGAAAAAGAUAUAGAUGAUCCCUUGGCUGGACUUUUGUCUGACGAAGAAGAGGGCACAGUGAAGAAAGCACAAUCCUUUGCCACUAAAAAUGCUCCAGAAAGAAAUACUGGAACUGUUAAAGAAAAAAGUACUAUUGGUUUAUCUACAACUCUUUCCCAUGCUGUUGUCCCUGAGCGGAAAAGGGAUGAAUUAACAUUUGAAGAUGAUGAGGACGAUCUCAUGAAUGCCCUGGGAUUUGGUGACCACCCAAAGGCAGAAUUGAAAUUGGGCAGAAAGAGUGGAGAAAAGGAGUCUCGCCCUGCUCGAUCCAUGCUAGAUGAACUGCUGGGACAAGGAACAGCAAAGACACUCCUGGAGAGACCCAGCACAGGAGAAAGAAAGGAGUUCAAACUGGAUAAGAAAUACCAAAAGCAAGCAGAUAAGGAAGCCAUUUUGGGAGAUGAGUUCACUUUUGGAGCCUACCAACCUACUGUGGCAUCUGCUCCAGAAGGACGGCAGUCAAGACGGCAAUCUGUCAGGUUUUCCUCAGAGAACCUCAGUGAGCUAAAAACAGACCAAAAAUCCAAACCUUCCACCCCAGCAUCUGGCAGCCCAGUACGCAGCAAGAGUGGUGGUGACUGGUUGGGGCUGAAAGAUGACGAUUUUGACUUGCCUCCACCAUCUCCAUUAAAGGAAUCCAGCAAGAGCACCAUGAGAGCAUCCUCGCUGGAUGUGCCACCUGGGUCUUGUGAGGUUGAGCAUCCGCCUCCCACCAACCAGGUCCCUUCUCGAACCAAACUAGCCCCUGAAGGAGCAGCACUGAAGCCUGAGCCCACUGAAGAUGAUGCUGACAGCUGGCUGAGCAAUGUCUUGUCUCAAAAGAAAUCUCGCAUGCAGGAGAAAGUGAAGGAAAAGAAACCAAGACCCUCUGAAUCUCAAAUACAUGGAGAGGAGGAGAAUCCCAUCACUCUUGCCAUUCAGCAUAUUCCCUCUGCCCAGAGAUAUCAGCCACCUGUUUCUCCCAUGGAUAGACCUGCCAGACUAGAAGAACCUAGGAUUUCCACAUCGUGGUUAAAAUCUCAAGAACAAAUGACUUCAGCUUUUCCAUCUGAUCUCAGGAAAGGGACUCCCUUUGGAGACUCUAAUGCUACAGCACCUGCAGCAUUUUUGCAAGAACAACAAGAAGCCUUUAGGAUUCCUAUGCAUUCUCAGCUGCUACACUCGGAGCCCCAUUUACUGAGCUCCCCAAAUACCAUUGAGUAUGAAAAAAGGCUAGCAGGUGUGCAGUUGCAGCUGCGAGAGAGCCUGGCAGGCUAUCAGGCUGAACUGCUGAGUGCCCAGACUCGCCUCACUGAGCUGGAAGGCCAGGUAAGGCGGCUGGAGCUGGAGAAGAGUCAGCAGAAACUGUUAUUGGAGAGUCUGCAGCAACGUCAUCAAGAGGACUUAGAACUCAUUGAGAAAGCUCACAGGAACCGUGUGAAGGUGAUUGAGGAUUCAUACCACCAGCGCGAGGAGCGCUUCCAGCAAGAGAAUCAAGAGCUCGCACAGCAGUAUUUGUCUCAGUGCCAGAAUGCGGAGCAGGCCAAAUCAGAGCUGCUAGCCCAGCAUCAGCGCCGACUCACAGAGCUAGAGCAAGAGAAGGCCAAGGAGCUCAAUCGACUACAAGAGCUUCAGCGAAUAUCCAUUCUGGAAAUGCGCAAAGACCAUGAAGAACAACUACAACGACUGAAACGGCUGAAGUCCCAGGAGAUUGACGCAGUGACCAGUGCUACCUCCUACACCAGGUCUUUAAAUGGCAUCAUUGACCAGAUGGAAAAGUUUUCAAGCAACCUGAGUGAUCUUGCAAACAAAGUAGAGGCUACACACCACACCACGCACCAAGGACUUGAGAUUGGGGCCCGCCAACGGGAUGAACAGCUAAGAGUUUUACAAGACCGUUUGGCCCGGCAGCAGAGAGAUAUGGAAGAUGAGCGCGGGCGACUGCAAGAGGUUAUCUCUAAAAUGGAGGCCAGGUUAAAUGAGCAGACUCGCCUUCUGGAGCAGGAACGCUGGAGGGUCACCACAGAACAAUCCAAAGUGGAAUCUUUGCAGCACUCUCUGGAGGAGCAGAGGAGGGCCAUGACCCAGCAGCUGGCUAUGGAGAGGGAAGAAUUGGAAAGGGCAAAGAAUUCUUUGCUUGAGGAACAGAAAUCAGUCAUGCAGAAAUGUGCCGAAGAGCGCCGUAAGCUCGCUGCAGAGUGGUCAGAGCUCCACACCCAACAGAGACUGAUCAAGGAGCGUGCAGAGCGGGAGGUUGACAGGGCUCUGCAGAUGGAUUCUCAGAGAGAAGGAGCCAUCAUGAGCUUUGCAAAGGAACAAGCAGACCUGAAAAUCAAAGCCAGUGAGUUGCGAGCCAAAGAAGAGCACUUGGCUAGAGACAAAGAAGUUCUGGAGCAAGAAAAGCAGGCACUAAGGCUAGAAAAGGAAAGAGUCAAUGCAGCCGCUCUGCACAUCAAACAGAGGGCAGCUGAAAUUGACAGUAUGAGCAAGCUCUCCUCUCAGAAGUAUGAAGAAGGGGAGAGAGCCCUCCUGGAGGCACGGAAGGUAGAAUCAGAGCAUCAAGCAAGACUGCAUGCGAUACAGCAGCAGAUGGAGCGAGUCAAGCAACAGGAGGAAUAUUUGCAUCAGGAACGCCUCAGUUUGACUCAUCAGAGGAGACAGCUUGAACAGCUGCGGAUGGGACUCCCAGCCAAUAAUCCACUGGUGUUCCAGACUUUGCCUCAGAUGCCAUUGUCAGGAGUUCAGUCCAACACAAUCUCCAACAUGAACUAUAUGUCUGUUCCUGUGAAUGAUCUUCCUAAAGUAACCCCUAGCAAACCUGGAGGCUCCCAGGCUGUCUCAAAAUCAGGACCCCCAGACCUCUAUGCCAAACUGGUGCUGCAUAAGCUUACAGCUGAACGGGAUCAUGACUUUUUGGAGGAAGAACGGUUCUUCUUAGAAACCUUGAAGAAAGCUUCCUACAAGACUUCGUCUCAGUCAGCAUGAAAGCAGAUGAAUGCUGGAGGCAGACUUGCCUGGACUGAAGUUUUUUUCAAACCAAGAUGGAUUAUCAUUUCUGGUUUGUCCAAUAAUUUGGGUGAGAGGCAGUUAAUUAAACAUGCAAAUUAUCAAAACCUGUUGUGGUAGAAAUUACAUUUUGUAAAAUAAAUGUGUUUUUUAAAGUUUCCUGUAAA